AUGGCAGCUAGCAAUACAGCUGCAAAUGCUGCAGCACUUGCGGCAUUUAAUGCUGGAAAGAAAAAGGAUGAUUCAAACUUAAACACAACUAAUAAUCAAUUACCUAAACAAAAUAAACUACGAACAACAAAUUCAUAUCAUAAUUCAAGAGUUGGAACACCAAAUUCAAUUGCACAUAAGAAAUAUGGAAAUUAUGCAUCAGAUAUAUCAUCAUCACCUGCAUCAGCACUAUCUCCACUGGCCUGGGAUUAUCCAGUAAGGAAUUCAAAUUCAUCUUCAGAUGUGGACCAAAAUCAACAACAACAACAACAACAACAACAACAACCACAAUCACAACAAGAUUAUUUUGCAUUAUCUCCUCAUAAUAACUCAAGAAGUGACAUUUUCAAACAACCAAGACAUCUGCCUCAUACACCAAAAGAUAUGAUAAAUAGUGUAAAAAAUUCAAUUGAUUCAAAAGCUAUAGUAAAUGAUGCAAAUUCAAAACGACUAUCUUUAGAUUAUUCACCUCAAGAAAUGUUAAAAAAUUUAAAAACCACAUUAAAUAAUAAAUCUAAAGCUCAAAAGCAGCCUAGAACAUUAGAUCAAAAGGGACAAACGUUUAUAAAUGAUAUGAGAGAUAAAAUUGAUAAUACUAUGAAAUCAGCAUCAAAUAAUAUGGAAAAUUUAACAUUAUCACCAGCAUUAGAUUUUGAUAGUCCUAUUGAUAUUAAAAUUAAUAGAAGUUUAAAUGGUUCUUACUCGUCAUUUGAAUCACAAUUAGAUCGAAAAAGUAUAGAUAGAAAAAAUGAACCAAUUAGAAAUUUUUCAUUGGAAAGUCAAGAACCAAUAGUUAAUCAUGAUAUAAAUAUAGAUAUUACUGAUCAUGAUGAUGAUUUGAAUGCAACUUCAACUACUAGAAUUACUCCACUGGGACAAGAUAUAAUAAUACCUGUUAAAUUACAUGAUAAUGAUAAACAAUCAUUACUGUCAAAGACAAGAAGAAAACCACCUCCACCUCUGUCAGAUACUGAAUAUCCAAGUGAUUCAGAUAUGGAUUAUUUGAGUGGAGGUGAAAAUGAAGAAUUAAGAAAUAAAAUGAUGCUUAAUGCUAAAUCAGGUGAUACUUUUUCAAGUGGUGAAUUCCUACCUUUAGCUGAUGAUAUUAUAUCAUUAACUGAUAAUGAUGAAAUUGAACAAGAUCAGGAGCAGCCAAAAUUUGAAGGUUCCAAGUUUCCUCAAUUUCCAGAUUUGAAAAAACAUCACCAUCAUCAUCAUAUACAUAAUGAUAAACAUUUAUUUAGAAAAAAGAAUAGAGAAGGAAUAGCUUAUACGCCAAACGAAAAUAUAAGUGACGAAGAAUUAGAAAAACAUAAUCAAAAUCAAAAAUUAUUACAUUCUCAAACAUAUCCACCACCAGUUCAAUUUAAAAAAACAAUGAGAAAAACAAAUAAAAGAAAAGAAAAAAAAUCAAAAUUUGAUGAAUAUAAACCUUGGAAAAAUCAUAAUGAAUUAAAUUAUUUAACUGAUUCAGAGAAAAAAAGAUAUGAAGGUGUUUGGGUUAGUAAUAAAGGUAAUUAUAUGAAUUUUUUAGUUACAAAAUUAAAUGGAGUUGAUUAUAAUGCUUUGGAAGAUCCUAAUAAAGUAUCUUUUGUACAUCAAGAAGAUUCAAUGAAAGCUGCAUUAAUAUCGACAAACACCGUUAGCAAAGAUCAACAAGAAAAACCAACCAACCAAUCAGAAAACAAUUCAAAAUCAAAAACUACUCAAACAAAAGAAGAAGAAAUGAAUGAUAAAUUACAUCAUUUAAAUCAUGCAGAAAUAAAUCAAUUAAUAUCAGGUUGUGUUGUAAAAAGAAUAUGGAAUAGAUCAAGAUUACCAGAUGAUAUAUUAGAACAAGUUUGGAACUUAGUUGAUUUUAGAAGAGAUGGUUCAUUAAAUAAAAAUGAAUUCUUGGUGGGGAUGUGGUUAGUUGAUCAAUGUUUAUAUGGUAGAAAAUUACCAAAAAAAUUAGAUUCUAUUGUAUGGGAAAGUCUUGGUGGUAUUGGAGUUAAUGUAAAUUUAAAAAAAAUGAAAUAA